AUGGCCUCUCGUCCUCCAACUCCGCCUAGCAAGGACCCUUGGGAAGAUGACGACUUUCGUUUCAAGACCAACGGCACCCCUUGUGAAUGGGGUGAGGCGUAUCAUCCAGGUGGUUAUCACCCUGUUCACCUCGGUGAUGUUAUACAGGAGCGUUACCGCAUCAUUCGCAAAGUGGGAUGGGGCCAGUUCUCUACGGUCUGGCUCGCUGUGGACAUGCAGAUGAACCGAUAUGUGUCUUUAAAGAUCACUCUUGCUACUCAACAAAAUGAUACAAGCAAAGAGGUUUCUCUCUACAGAUCUCACCUCAAAGACGAGUCCCCAUUCCUUGUAGCCCUUCAUGACACAAUUAAGAUCACGGGGCCUAAUGGGGAACACGAUGGCCUUGUUUUUGAGACCAUGGGUCCAAACUUGACAACCCUUCUCAAAAUAAGACCAGAGUUUCAGAUUGGUGAGCCUUGGGAGAGAAGUUUCACAAAGUCCUUCGCAAAAGAUGCGCUACGGGACACCAUCCAAGCGCUGCACUUCCUUCACGAACACGGUGUUAUCCACGGUGAUCUACAUCCUGGUAACAUCCUCACCUGUGUAGAGCAGCUGAAGGCUACUCCGGAUACAGAGAUAAACCUGAAGCAAUCUGACAGCGAUGCUCAGCCUCUCAUACGCAAAGAUGGGAAGAAAGAUCUCUGGGCCCCGUCAUAUCUUCUUGAACCUCGGCCGUUGAGCGACUACUUCACGUAUGACCUCCAUCCUCUUGUGAAGCUAAGUGAUUUAGGUGGUGGUAAAUUCCCUAUCUGCAAGGCUCAAAUCUCAAGGAUUAAUCUGACGUUUGCAGCAUUCACUGAAGAAGACUCCAUGACGGGUGCCAAGGCUAUCACCCCGGUUGCCCUAAGAGCCCCAGAGACGAUUUUUGACGAACGUGUGGGCAAAGGUAUCGACGUAUGGGCCUUUGGCUGCUUGUUAUUUGAAAUGAUCACCGGUCAACCUCUGUUCGUCGGAAUCCAAUCCCUCGAAGGAGAGGAUUACGAUGAGACUUCUAAUGAUGAGCAUCUCAUUCAGCUAUGUGAGGUCAUUGGACCACUACCCGAACCACUACUUGAGAAGUGGCGUCGAGCGGAUCAAUAUUUUGAUUCAAGCGGAAACAGGCUGGAGGUUAAGCCUCAAGAGGACGGCUAUGUAAGCGGCGGUGAAGACAUGGAGUCGGUCGAUGGGACUGACGAGGAAGACGAGGAAGGCAAUGGUCCUCCGCUCGCAUAUGUUGGUCGUUUUCUUUCUCUCGAGGACCAGUUCAUGGCAGAGAGGCCAGGUGAUAUUGGCGAGGCCGAAGCCAAGGAGAUAUUAGAGCUGUUGCGAUGGAUAUUCCAGUAUGACCCGGCGCAUCGGCCUUCAACAAGUGACCUCAUCAAUCAUCCUUGGCUUCGAUUAACUACAUAG